GAAAUAAAAGGAGUGAAAGGAAGGAAGAAAUAAAAGGAAGACUCUCUUCCUCUUCUCUCAAUCUAAUUCUCUCUCCUUCUUUGUUGUACUUUCUAACAUACACACACAGAGACAGUCAUUCCUUGCUUCUUCCUUUUAAAUCACGAGAUCCCCAUCUCUUUAUUUGUUUCUUUCCCUUUCUCAUCUUGGACUCUUCUUUUCUUCCAAUUUUUCUUUUGAUUGAUGUCUUCUGCAAAGCUUCUUUGGUUUCAUUUCCUUCUCUGUUGUUGUCGGUGGUGUUCUUGUAGUUACAGCUACAGGCAUUGUUGAAAGGGGAAGAUUGAAGACGAGAACAAAAGCCCAGAAAGAAAGGAAAAAAUAAAUAAAAAUUGAAUCUUCGUGGUUAUUCUAGGUGAGAAAUGUCGCAUUCAGGCAAACCCAUAACCGAAAUAGGGUUUGAUUCCCUUUCCGAUCGGUUUUGUGGCGCUUUGAGUUGCGAAAACAACAAACCUGAUUUUAAGGAACUCGUUCUGGAUUCACCGGUUUCGCCGUUGAGGACUCGUGGGUUGGGUGGAGGUGGCCCUGCUGUGAGUGGGGUGACCACUACGAGCAGCAGUUCUAGUUCGUCUGGUUCAGUUUCAGGAAAAACUGGGAACAACGCCGUCGUCAGAAGAUCCGAUGGUGGUGGGAAUAACCACUCAGGUGAGCUCUCGGGCUCGAGCGAAAGCAGCCCAACUGCGGCUGAGAGCACUAGAUCCGCUUCGGCUACUCGUAAUUACAAGCCUGGUCAUGGCAGAUCGAAUUCUUGCGGUGCCCCAUUAAUCUAUUCUGGCGGAAGCGUGGUCAGUGGUGGCGGCGGCGGCAGUGGAGUUUCUGUCAAUUCACCGACUGUGAAUGUCGUUCCCAGCGGUAACAUUUGUCGAUCGGGAAAGAUUUUGAAGACAGGAUUGGUGACCAAGAACUCUGCAAGGAACGACGUUCUGGGGUUGGGCACCGGAAACUACGGGCAUGGUAGUAUAAUGCGGGGCGGCGCUGGUGGCAAAUUGGUCGUUGGCAGUAGUGGAGGUGAAGCUAGUCCGGCUAAUGUAACAAGUAAUAUACAAUUCACAGGGGAAUCAGUAAUGGUGAAGAGGGCCAUGGCGAGUUCGGAUCCGGAGGAGGUGAAGAAGGCCGGUAAUGAGCAGUACAAAAGGGGAAAUUUUGCAGAAGCGCUUUCUCUGUAUGAUCGAGCGAUUGCGAUUUCUCCAGACAAUGCGGCAUGCCGGAGUAACAGGGCAGCUGCAUUGACGGGGCUUGGUAGGUUAACUGAGGCUGUGAGGGAAUGUGAGGAGGCUGUCAGGCUGGAUCCUGCUUAUGGCAGGGCACAUCAGCGUUUGGCAUCUCUGCAUCUGCGGUUAGGGCAAGUUGAAAAUUCCCGGAAACACAUGUCUUUUCCUGGGCAGCAGCCCGAUCUGGCUGAGUUACAGAAGCUGCAGGCUGUGGAGAGGCAUUUGAAGAGAUGUACUGAUGCCCGGAAAAUUGGUGAUUGGAAGAGUGCAUUGAGGGAAGGUGAGGCUGCCAUUGCAGCUGGUGCAGGGUCUUCUCCUCAGCUCUUUGCGUGUAGAGUGGAAGCGCUCUUGAAGCUUCACCAGCUAGAGGAUGCAGAGACUGACCUUUCAAGCAUACCCAAAUACGAACCAGCUACCCUUUCGUGUUCACAGGCCAAGUUCUUUGGAUUGCUUUCUGAAUCUUACCUCUACUUUGUCCGAGCUCAGGUUGACAUGGCCUUGGGAAGGUUUGAGAAUGCAGUUGCAGAAGCUGAGAAAGCGGGGGAGAUUGAUCCCCAAAGUGUUGAAAUUGGAGUGAUGCUGAACAUUGUGAGGUUGGUGGCAAGGGCCCGUGCCCGUGGUAAUGAUCUCUUCAAUGCUGGGAGGUUUGAUGAAUCGUGCUUAGCUUAUGGGGAGGGCCUCAAGUUUGAUCCUUGCAACUCUGUUCUUUAUUGCAAUAGAGCAGCAUGUUGGUAUAAGCUUGGGCAGUGGGAUCGAUCUGUUGAAGACUGUACCCAAGCCCUCAGAAUCCAACCCAAUUACACUAAGGCCAUUCUUCGACGGGCUGCCUCAAAUGGCAAGCUAGAACGAUGGGCUGAAUCUGUGAGGGACUAUGAAGUUUUGAGGAAGGAACUUCCGGGUGAUAAUGAGGUUGCAGAAGCUCUAUUCCAUGCCCAUGUUGCAUUAAGGAAGUCUCGAGGAGAGGAAGUGUACAAUUUGAAAUUUGGUGGUGAGGUCGAGGAAAUAUCAGGUCUUGAUCAAUUUAGAGCUGCAAUAUCUUUGCCUGGUGUUUCAGUAGUGCACUUCAAGGCGGCAUCAAAUAAGCAGUGUGAGCAGAAAUAUCCUUUUAUUGACACCUUAUGUCUUCAGUAUCCAUCUGUGAAAUUUGUCAAGGUUGAUGUAGAGGAGAGCCCAGUGGUAGCGAAGGCAGAGAAUGUGAGAAUUGUUCCAACAUUCAAGAUUUACAAGAACGGUACCAGAGUUAAGGAGAUGAUCUGCCCUACCCAUCAGGUUUUGGAAUACUCAAUUAGGAAUUAUAGUCUUUAGUACAAGCAUUUGUAUCCCAUUCUUAUAAUCCAGCCUCUUAUCAUGAUGAGAGCUCUCCCAAUUCCCUCCCUCUUCCACCAAUUCCACCAAUUCAUACGAAAAUUAGCACUUCAACUUUUGAGCAAAACCAGCUAUGUAGGAAUUUCAAUGAGACAAUGCCUGAAGAUCCCAGAGAGAUGACCUAGUCCCGUAGCGGUUUUAUUUAUUCUUUCCAUUACCAUUGUUCUCUCUGGAUUUAUUUUCAAUUCCUUCUCCCCUCCCCCACCAAAACUCCUUAGGCCGGCCUUAUUUUGUAUCCUAACCUUCCUCAUCAUGAGAAGAAAGCUGAGAACACUGUACACUUAUAUCGACUCUAUAUUUUCAAUAAUUUUAGAGAUGGAGGUGGUUGGCUCAUGGCUGGUAGCGAUAUUUUGUACAUGUAUAUAUAAGAUACAUACAAAAAAAAAAAAAAUGAGAAGCAAAUGAGAGAUUGGACUUAUGGUGGGUGCAGGGUUAGUGAGUGAGAUGAGGAUGACCAAGAUGAUGUUAUUGUUGUUGCUUUACACUAGCAUUCCUUGAAUAAGAAAAAAAACAAAUCUCAUUCUUUUUUGUA